AUGACAGACUCGUCCCCAUCUCAACUCAAAUGGUCCGGCAUAUUCGCGGUUGACAGAUCGGCCCCUACGCCAAGUGGCGACAAGAUAAUACUUCCUUCUUCAGCUCUGCAACAGCUCCUGGACGCCAAUGCUGCCGCUGCUUCAGCUUCUGCCCCAUCGGCUUACUCGUACUCCACGCCGGUCGUGACGAGAUACACCAGCCCGUACAACAGCUUUGGCUCGGCUGCUCAGCCAGAGCAACAAAAGCUUCCAUAUCCACUGAUGUUCCGGUUGGUCAACGAAAAAAAUGGAAAAUUCGUUCAUGCUGGCGUCAGAGAGUUUUCGGCCGAGGAGGGACAGGUUGCGCUGAGCCCCUUCCUGUUGCGGUCACUAGGGCUCUCGGAGCAAGAGAUUACCAACACAGCAAACAAUGGCGAGGCUGAGAGUGGAAGCAAAAGUUUGGAUCAUGUGAGGAUAUCAGCAUAUCAACUCCCAAAGGGAAUUUAUGUCGGCCUAGCACCGGUCCACGAUUAUGCGACCUACGACCCGGCGAUUCUCGAACCCUUACUCGAGAGGGAGCUUCGACAAGGUUACACAACGCUAUCUACGGGCACAAUACUAAAAGUCAAGAGAGGUCCGACAGAAGACUACGAGUUCACAGUAGAGAGCGUGAAACCUGAAGGCGAGGGCAUCUGUGUGAUUGACACGGACUUGGAACUCGAUCUGUUGAGGAUACCAACGGCAACCGCGCAAGAGGCUGGUAACGGCAUGAACGGCUCUAGGGAGACGGGAAAUGCUGAAAAGAGCUCACCAGGAGGUGAGAUUACCAUAUGGAAAGCUGUGGAAGGACAGGUGCGACACGGCGAUUAUGUUGACUACGAUCUCUCCUCAUGGGACAAGUCGCGCGGUCUCGUUAUCGAUGCUGUACCCACGUCCGACGAACCUGGCUUUUUUCUUGAUAUCUUCGUUAGCCCAAAGACUCCCCACCUUCGCCAACGACCGAGGGAAUUACAACACUGGACCGCUCGCAUGGGGCCAUAUACCAACCGAGAGCCUGUCAGGCUGGAAAUACCAGCGGGCUCUUUUGGGGAUAAUGAGGCAGAUGAGGUGGAGAGCUUGAUGAUAUCCAUUUAUGGCUUCGGAGAUGAGGCAGCCCAUGGCGCCGUACUGCAGAAGUUCUCCCUCCGCAUCAAUACUUGGGACAUGACAGAUACCAACCAGGUACCAACAUCGGCUGCUAAUGAGGUGGCUCCUGAGGAUGUUGCCGACAUGCAAAAAUGCAAAGACUGCGGACAAUGGAUCCCGAAACAGAGUUUUACCAUGCACACACUUCGGUGUGCUCGAAAUCCGAAAUGCGCACAAUGCGGGCUUGUCGCUAGCCGUGAUGAACUACGUGAGCAUUGGCACUGUGAGCACUGCUCAUCAUACGGCGAUAGACUUUUCGCACAGCAAAAGCAUAACAGCCGUAUGCAUCCGUCCAACACACUCGGCUGCUCUUGUUCGGCGACUCUCGAGUUCGACUCGGUGCCCGCUUUGUCACGUCAUCGUGUAACAGAUUGCCCAGAUAAGGUUAUCCUCUGCCGGUUUUGUCAUCUCGAGGUGCCGCAAGAGGGCGACCCGACGGACCCCUCGGACGUUGCACAGGCUGCUUACACAGGACUCACGGCACACGAGCGGGCCGAUGGGGCGCGCACCGCAGACUGCGAUCUAUGCGGUGCCAUCGUCAGGUUACGCGACAUGUCCAGCCAUCUGCGGCACCACGAGAUGGACAAGAAGGGCCGCGCUGCGCCGUCCGGGUGUCGAAAUUCCAUGUGCGGUCGGACGCUGAAUGGCGUCGGGCCCAAGGGAACGGUAGGCCCUGCGGCGGGCAGCCCGAACAACGACAUGGGCCUUUGCAAAAGCUGCUAUGGGCCGCUGUACGUGUCCAUGCACGACCCCGAGGGCAAGGCGCUACGACGGCGCGUGGAGCGGCGGUACCUCACGCAGCUGAUGACGGGCUGUGGGCGGUCGUGGUGCAGUAACGAGUGGUGCCGCACGGGACGGGCAAACGCUGGGAAAGAGGCGCUGGGGACGUCUGCUUCCGCCGCGCUGCCGCUUGUCAAGCCACUUGUCACUCCUGAAGUCAUUGCGGAUAAGAAGGCCGCGAUGCACUUUUGCGUUGACGAGGCCACACAGAGGAAUGUUGUAGUUGCGGAGAUGCUGGCUGCCGAGGGGGUGUGGGAGCCCGAGUGGUGUGUCGCCGCGGUUGAAGCCGAGAAGGGCGACCGGGACAGGGCGAGAGAGUGGCUGCAGAACUGGGCGCCGAACAAGUACGAGUGA